GUUGAGCUCUCCCCGCGGCGGUGUGGGCGCUGCCCGUGUAGCAAGCACAUCGGCUUGUGGCAGUUGAAGCCUGGGUCGAGGCGGCGGCAUACAUAUGGCGCAUUUCUGGACGACCCCUUCGACCAACAGCUGCCCAGGUCCCCGCGCGGCGCACUCGUGUGACGUGUUGGAGGGGAAGCUCUAUGUGUUUGGCGGGUGGAACGGCAAGAAGGCUCUCAACGACCUUCACGUCCUCGACGUCGCCAAGGGGGAGUGGCACGAAGUCGUGCCCAAUCGCAACGCUCCCGCCGAACGAAACAAUGUAAGGAGGCAUGGCAUGCAAACACACACGCAGCCAGCGAGGCCACCAGACAGGCAGACAGACAGACAGACAGAGGCCGACAGAUGGAUGGAUCACUCACUGCUAUGCUGGUGGAUGUGCUGUGCUGUGUGUGUUGGAUCCAUCCAUGCAUCCGUCAUGAUAUGGGUCGGUCACUCACCGCAUGCAGCACACGACUGCCGUAGUGGGUUCCAAGCUGUUUGUGCACGGCGGCCACGACGGGUCCAAGUGGCUGCAGGACCUUCACGUCCUCGACACAUCCACCGCACAGAGGGGCAAGCUGGACGAACUCGCAUGGGUCAGGCCAGCAGCUUCAGGAAGCGUAAGCAGAGCAACCAAGACGGCCUGCUGGGCUGCUACAUAUGCUGCUCUCUGUGUGCAUGUCUGGGUGUGUGUUGGACAGGCCCCUUCGGCCCGGGCGUGUCACACCCUCACACGUGUCGGGAGGAAGCUGUACAUGUUUGGCGGGUCGGUGGAUGGAUGGAUGGAUGGAUGGGCAAAGCAAAGCAAAAGCACCUCAGCUCAGCUGUGUGUGGUGCCUUCAUUGCAAUCAUUCAGUGGUGCCUAUGUAUCGGUGUGUCGGUGUGUCGGUUUGUGUGUGUAGGUAUGACGGUACCAAGUGCUUCAAUGACAUGGACGUGUUGGACCUGGACACCAUGACGUGGAUACAGCCCAACCUCACCGGCACCAUCCCGCAGGCACGCCAGCACACCACAGCACACACUCACACACACACAGAGGGGGGAGGGAGAGACUCUGUGCACUCACUGUGUGUCGUGUGUGCACUGCAGGCCCGCAACGCCCACACGAUGACGGUGAUAACGACCAAGCUGUACCUGUUUGGCGGCCACAGCGGCAACAAGCACCUCACCGACCUGCACGUCUUCGACACCACCAAGUUGAUGUGGGCGCAGGUCAGUCAGGCGAGUCAGUCAGUGAGGGAGGCAGGAGCGGACGCUCCACAACACACAACACAACAGAGCAGCAGUACAUGUAUGUAAUGUGUGCUUGUGUGUGUGGUGGGUCAGCCCGAGAUUCAGGGUACGCCGCCGCCCGGGCUGCGGGGCCACACGGCCAACCUCAUCGGACACAAAAUAUUCCUAUUCGGAGGGUAAGCAGGCAGGGCAGCCAGCUGACGGACGGAGUGGCUGAGUCAGUCAGUCAGGUCAUGUCAGCCACUAUCCCCCGUGUGUGUGUGUGUGUGUGUGUGCAGGUAUGACGGCAAGGGUCGCUCCAACGACUUGUACAUCCUCGAUACGGCACUUAUGAGAUGGAUUCACCCAGCGUACGCACACACACAGAGGGAAGGAGUUGCCAUGUGUGUCUGGAUGGAUGGAUGGAUGGAUGGAUCGCUGGCUGGCUGGCUGUGUGCAGGGAGUCCGAGAAUGCGCCCACGGGUCGGCAGCGGCACUCGGCGUCGCUGAUCGGCUCCAAGAAACUGUACAUAUUCGGCGGAUUCGACGGAAAUAAAUGGUGGGGGACACAACAAUGGCCUGGCCGCUCGUGUGUUGGGUGUGGGUGUGGUGUGUGCGGUGCGGUGCGGUGCAUACCUACACUCAUCGAUCGCAUUAAUCAAUGGUGCAGGUUGAACGAUUUGCAUGUUCUAGACAUCGGCCGGCUCGAGGAGGACGCGCUCAACGACGUGGCGGUAUGGACGGACGCGGUCACACCAGUCUCCCUUCACACAUACGCAGCGCGGCGUCCCUGUCUGUCUGUGUCCCCCCUCCGCGCCUUCUUCCUCUCCCUCAGGUUCGGAACUUGAUCGACAACAUGCGCAAGCUGGUCAACAACUCAGAGUUCUCAGACAUCACAAUGUGAGUGAGCGAGCGAGGAGGGAGCAUCCGAUGAGCGACACACACACACACACACACACACACAGGCAGCCACUCACUCUGUGCGAUGUGUGUCGACUGAUGGGUCGGCCGGUCCAUCCAUCCAUUUAUCAGAGUAGUGGAGAAUCGCGAGAUCCACGCGCACAAGGCCAUACUGGUGGCGCAGUGUGAGCACUUCAGGGCCAUGUUCACCACACAGAUGAAGGAGUCAUUCGAAUCAAAGGUACGUACGUACGUAUGGGCUGACUCACAGCCAGCCACACCCACAUGUGUGUGGAUGGAUGGAUGGAUGUGUGUUGUCUGUCUUCAAUCAAUUGCAGGUCAUCAUCCCCGAGUGGUCAUACAACUCCUUCAUGGCCAUGCUGGAGUUCCUCUACACCGGUCAGCCACCCCCACCAGACAGACAGACAAUCAGAGCAUCCUCUGUCUGUCUUUGAUUGAUUGUCAUUUAGGGCGGAUCACUGAUUUGUCGACCGACAUAACCGGGGAGCUGCUGGGUUUGGCGGACCACUACACGCUGGACGGCCUGAAGCAGCUGUGCGAGAACAUACUCAUCCACUCGGUCGAGAUAGACAACGUCUGUAACCUCCUCAAACAAGCCGACCAGUACCAGGUACACACAUGCUUACACACACACACUGGGAGGGAGGGAGGGAGGGAGGGAUGGAGGGAGGCAUGGCUCUUGUUCUUGUGUUGUGUUUCCCCACCCACACCAGGCGACUGACCUCAAGAACCACUGCUUGACGUACCUAAUCAAGAACUUUGACGCCGUGUCAAAGUAAGCAAGACCUCACCGCCUGCAUGACACUAUACUACGCACACCUCGGUCAUCGACCCCUCUCCUCCCUCCCUCCCUCCCUCACCUGUCAGGACGACGUCGUUUGAGGAUUUGAAGGAGAAGCCCUCGCUCCUACUCGAAGUCACCAAGUGAGCCGACCGUCACUUGGUGACACACACUGCGUGUCGUGUGCACCUGUGUGUAUGUGUGUGCUGUGCAGGCAAAUGGCCUCGGCCAACCACAAGUGACCUUCAAUCGCUCGCAGACAGGCAGG